GUAAUAAAUGGUUUAAUGAGUAGAGAUGACUGGCAAUUAGCCAUCAAGUUACCUGUAGGUUGUUUACCUGGUGGUUCUGGUAAUGCUUUAUGUUGUGCCAUCAAUUAUUCUGCUGGUGAACCAGUUCUACACAAUUUACUUUUACAUUCAACAUUCAUUCUAAUCAAACAUCGAGUUAUCCCAAUGGAUCUUGUAUUAAUUCAGACACCCACAGAAAGACUUUAUUCCUUCCUGUCUGUAAGCUGGGGUAUUAUAGCAGAUAUUGAUCUAGAAAGUGAAAAAUACCGAAGUAUAGGAGAGGCCAGAUUUACAUUUGGUGCUCUCAAAAGAAUUAUAGAAAUGAAUGUGAAAAAAGAAACUGAAUUUCUAACUGCAGCUGCUGAAGAAAAUGAAAUCCAAAUUGAGCAAGAAGUAACCGUUGCUACUAAAAUUCUAGGUCAACCAGUCCCUGCUCCUUUGUUAACUUCCCUUGAUCAACCAGUGCCAGAUAAUUGGAUCAGUUUUGAAGAUGAUUUUGUUACAAUAACAGCAGUUUAUCAAACUCAUUUAGGCAGUGAUAUGCUUGCUUCUCCUGAAUCCAGAAUAAAUGAUGGAUUUAUAUAUUUGAUUAUAAUAAGAUCAGGAAUUUCACGAAAUGCCUUAUUAAGUUUAUUUAUGUCAUUUGAUGAAGGAAAACAUGUGGAUUCUCCUGAUGUGGAAAUUAUCCGGUGCUUAGCAUUCCGUAUGGAACCAAAAGAAGGAAACAUUAUGGUUGAUGGUGAACACAUUGACCUUUCACCUAUUCAAGGUCAAGUUCUACCAGGGCUUUCAAGAUUAAUGGCUAUACAGUAG